AAAAAAAAAAAAAAAAAAAUAGCUAGUCAAGAACCCUGACGAAAUACAAAGGAGUAUAUCAUGAAGCAUCAUCAUCGUCAGCAGUCAGAAUCCGCAGGCCAUCUUGGUAACUUGACACCAGAACAAUGGGAUGCACUCGGUGAGAUUUGGUCCUUUUUGUUGCAUCUCUGGUAUUCGGAGCCUUCUUCGCCCACCAGAAGUAGUAUGAACCUUCGUCGAAUCAGCAUACAUCACUCUGAUCAAGCAUCUCAAGAUGACUCACCAUUGUCACCAACAAGCCCAGGAGCCACUGGCACAGGAAGCCGCCAUCACUAUGGCAGUCACUGCCAUGAAACAAGACCAAAUGGUCCACACCCCGCAUCACCAACUCGUCUCAACCAACCAUUUCAUCAGCCUUCAAUUGCAUCCUCACCUCCUACCUCAAAUCCACCGCUUCAAGGGAAUAUAAACGGCCAUAAUAAUAUUUUCUUGCCAGGAGGCGCCGCAGCAGCAGCGGCAGCGCUCAAAAGGUCUGCAACUAAACUGAAACCAUGGCUGCCCUCCAAGAAGUUUACAUUUAAGUAUUCGUCUGCAGAGUAUCAUACGGCCUUUUGGGAAUUUGUCCAGUCUGAACAUCCUGAUACCACCAUUUUGAGGUUCCUUAGAGCGAGAAAAUGGAAUGUGGAGAAAGCUAUGGAGAUGCUAAUUUUGGCUCUAGAAUGGCGCAUCACGAUGGGUGUGGAUGAGGUGGUCCGGGAAGGAGAAGAGGCCCUCGAAGCAAAGUACCCUGGAUUUUUGGACCAGCUAAAGAAUGGCAAAGUCAUUUUUCGAGGCCAUGAUCGCCAAGGGCGACCUUUGUGUCUGCUGAACCCAAGUCUGCAUUAUCAACAUGCACAGAGUCCGCAAGCUGUCCAGAAGCUGUCCAUCUAUGUCAUCGAGACAGCCAGACUGAUGCUACAGCCGCCUGCAGAGACGAUUUCGGUCUUAUUUGAUAUGAGUUCGUUUUCUAUGUCGAACAUGGAUUGGCCGACUGUCAAGUUCUUCAUCCAUGCAGCCGAAGCCUGCUACCCCGAACUUUUAGGUGUUUGUGUGGUCCAUAAAGCUCCAUGGUUAUUUGGAGCACUUUGGAAAGCCAUCUCACCUAUGCUUGAUCCUGUUAUUCGGGCAAAGAUUAAAUUUACCAGCGAUCGAAAGGAGCUGGAGGAAUUUGUGGCGCCAGACCAAUUAAUGCAGAACAAGGCAUUUGAAGGAGAGGACCCAGUACCCUACCAAUAUGUUGAACCGAUCCCUGGUGAAAAUAAAUUGAUGUUGGAAGAUUCAGAGGCCAAGCAGCAAGCCCUCACAAGACGUAGAGAAAUGGAGCUGACGUUUGAGCGGCUGACUGAGAUUUGGCAAGGACAGAAACAGCUCUCUUCUAGCAUUGCUGUAAUUCAAGAGCGGCAGGAAGUGGGGGCUCGCAUGGCGGAGAUGUGGUGGGCAGCUGAACCAUACAUGCGUGCCCGAACUGUUUAUCAUCGUGUUGGGGCUAUUCAUCCACCGAGACCAUCUCCAUCUACAGGACAGAAAGUUGUGCUGGUUUGAGGAGGGUGCUAAAAAAAUAAUAAAAGUAAAUAAAUAAACAAAAAAG